GGGAAGUGGCCACGAUUUGGCAGCACACGCAGCCCGGAAAGAGGAUGUGGAAGUUGCUGUUGCUCUUGGCCUGUGUGGCUGGUUCCACCAUCGUCUUUUGUGAUGAUUCAUCAGACGCUUCCGUCCAGAAACCUGGGCCUGUAGAAGUAGACGGAUCAGACCAAGGUUCCGCUGACUCAGAUGCAUCUUGUGACUCGAACUCGCAAGUUGACACCAGUAAAUUAACACCAACCUACAAAUGUGGUCCAAACCAAGUGUUCUCAAACUGCACAAACGGGGGCUGCGAGGCCCGCAACUGCAGCCAGGCGGGCAAGCCCGUGCCGUGCGUGAAAUUGGACGAAAAAAGCUGCAAGAAGGGAUGCGUGUGCGCAACUGGAUAUUUACGGGCGUCAAACGGAACUUGUGUAUUAAAGAGCCAGUGCAGAGAAGGUUGCGGAGAUGAUCCCAACUCGCACCCUGGUUGUGGCGUCAACUGUGGACAGACUUGUGCCACCUACAAGAUUAAAAAUGCACCCUGCAUUCUCCUUUGCUACUUGGACGGAUGUGACUGCAACACUGGAUACGUCUACGACCCUAACGUCAAGAAGUGCGUUUUAUCUAAAGAUUGCACGCCAACAUGUGGACUUCACGAAGUUUAUUCCACGUGCACCAACGGCGGAUGCUCUCAUAGGAACUGCAGUCAACUGGGCAAGCCCAAAAUCUGCAUCGAUAGAACUCCCGAUUCCUGUACUAAAGGAUGCGUUUGUGCCGAGGGUUAUCUGCGCAAUGCCAAUGGAUCUUGCGUUCUUGAAAACCAGUGUCCUCAAAUUGGAUGUGGUGGUGAUCCAAACGCACAGCCUGGUUGCGGUAUAAACUGCGGAAACAGGUGCUCCGACUAUAAGAUAAAGAAUAAAUCACUUCUCUGCCCACGCAUCCAAUGCAAACCCGACAAAUGCGACUGCAAACCAGGUUUUGUAUUUGACAACAAUCUCAAGAAAUGCGUCGUGCCAGAGCAAUGCACACCGGUUUGCGGACUAAAUGAAAAAUACGACUCGUGUGUGAACGGAGGUUGUGGCCACAGAAACUGCAGCCAGAUUGGAACGCCUCAAUUCUGCAUAGACAGGACCUCUGAGUCUUGCAUCAAGGGCUGCGUCUGCGCCGACGGUUACCUCAGAGCCGAUAAUGGAACCUGCGUACCUCAAAGCCAAUGUCCAGGUUGUGGUGGUGAUCCAAACGCACAGCCUGGUUGCGGUAUAAACUGCGGACGCAGGUGCUCCGACUAUAAGAUAAAGAAUAAAUCACUUCUCUGCCCACGCAUACAAUGCAAACCCGACAAAUGCGACUGCAAACCAGGUUUUGUAUUUGACAACAAUCUCAAGAAAUGCGUCGUGCCAGAGCAAUGCACACCAGUUUGCGGACUAAAUGAAAAAUACGACUCAUGUGUCAACGGAGGUUGUGGCCACAGAAACUGCAGCCAGAUCGGAACGCCUCAAAUCUGCAUAGACAGGACCUCUGAGUCUUGCAUCAAGGGCUGUGUCUGCGCCGACGGUUACCUCAGAGCCGAUAAUGGAACCUGCGUACCUCAAAGCCAAUGUCCAGCACCAACAACCGAUGACCGCUGUCCCGGACAAAACGAGUAUUACAAUACAUGCAUCAGUGGUUGUUCCACUCAGAGCUGCAACGAAAUCGCCAAGGUUCUCCACUGUCCGAUCCAACCCGCUGUUUGUAGGGAAGGCUGCCGGUGUAAAGCAGGGUAUUGGAGGAAUGCUGACAAUGUGUGUGUGCCACAAAGCGAAUGUCGUAAGUUGUAAUGUAUGUAGGUAGGUAUACAAAUAUUCUAUAUGUAACCACCGUCACUAUGAAAAUAAAACAGUCUUGCAUGAACGCCUUUGUGUUUCAUUUAAU